GGUGAAAAUGCUAGUGAACUGAGCACAACGAUAAUUCGAGCCAGCCCAACUCCUUUGCAGGAACAUAGAAAUGAAAACCUGGAAGAUCACUCAUGUCAAAGGAACAGAAAAGAAGCGCUGCUUAGUAUUGACCAGAAAUCAGAAGAAAAUGAACUUACAGGACUUCAAAGAAAACUUGAUGAUGUACUGAGUCAAGAAUCACCCAAAGAAGAUUUUCCGAAAAAUGAAAAGCAGCUUGCAUCUAUUCCUUCAAAUGUAGCAGCAAAUCAUAAAGAGUUAGACCAUGUUAAAUCAACUUUACCAAGUAAAUUCAGCAUCUUUCAGCCACUUUCUGUUAAUACUGAUGCACAGGAAGCGUGGCAGGAUCAAACAAGCAAAGCACAGGGACAAGGAUUACCAUCCUUGAAUGUAUUACCUGUGUAUCCUGGAUUAAGCACUUAUAUGCCAUUCAAUCAAAACUCAUCUGGUGAACAGUAUGUUCCUAUUUCAAGCUUUAAAUCCCAUGUCACUACCUCAGAGAGUCAAGCAAUUUCUGCUUCUGUUCCCACGUUGCUUACAGGACGUUCUCUUGCAACGACUCCAUUUGCACAGCAGCACCUGGGAAAUAUACCAUCGACUGGAAGUACAGUUUUGUCUCAGUUUCAUGGCUGCAGCUCAGCAGGUUUUGGUCUUCCAGCAGGGCUUCCUUGUUCUGGUAUCCCAGCAGGACAUGUUGAGAAUCCACUUAUGGUAGGAAUUCCUUUAGGUCCAAAUAUUGGUCCUGCCUCUUUGGGUGCAGCUUCAGUUUGUAAUCCACCCUCUACUUCCUGGAACCAGAAUAUCUUAAAUAUAAAGUCAUGUACCGGACAGCCUCUUGGAGCUGGCAGAAACGAGUGGGAAUUGACAAAAUCACCUGGUAUUGGGCAUGUAAAAGUACCAGAAGAAUUGAAGUUCCCUAAUGCCUGUUGCGUGGGAAUUGCAUCACAGACAGUUCUUAGCAUUUUUAAUCCAACUGAACGUUGGUUGCAGGUCAACAUUGGAAUUCUCAGUAUUUCAGUUAAUGGGGAAAAGAUGGAUCCUGUGAAAUAUCAAUGUCUGGUUUUCAGGAACAAAACCAUCGUAGGAUCCUAUUCUACCAAUGAUCUGAAAAUACUUUUCUUACCUUGUCAUGCGGGGAUCUUUCAGUGUAUUCUCAAUGUUUCAUCAUGGCCAGUUUCUGCAGAUGCCGAGACAAUUGUUCAGGCAGAAGCUUUGGCAAGUAGGGUAGUUCUGACAGCAGUCGCUGAAAAUCCUAAUUUAGAAGUGGAAACAGGAAAAAGAGAUUCUCUGGAUUUUGGUGACUUGACUUCUGGCAGUUGGAAGGCUCUGCCACUAAAACUUAUCAACAAAACCCAUGCUUUUGUGCCAAUUAGACUUAUUAUUAAUGCAAAUGCGGUAGCUUGGCGUUGCUUCACAUUUUCCAAGGAACCAGUUAAUCCUCCUAAUGAACAAUCACUGCAAACGGAUGCAGCUCCAUCAGUUGUAAAUCAUGUGAUACAUGCAAGCUAUGAUGGGCAAGAUCCUGAGGCUUUAACAGUUUGGGUUCUGUUCCAUGCACCUAAGAAACAAAUUGCAUGUUCAGAUUCCUUGGGUCCAGCGGAUGAAUUCUUAGCAAGAGUUGAUGUGGAAGUGGAUAGUCCAGGACCUAGCAGUGUGAUUAAAAGUAUUCCUCUCCGAGCAAGAGCUGGAACAGCGAGGAUACAUGCUCCAAAGGACUUACAGACAAUAUAUCUGUCUACUAGUGUGGGUUCAACAGCCAAACAGCAGCUACCAUUGAAAAAUGCUGGAAACAUUGGUGUAUGUUUGAAAGUUAAGACAUCAGAUCAGGACAGCUGCUUUGCUGUUGAACCUGAGAAUCUUUUCCUUCUUCCUGGCGAAGAACAAGAAGUGACUGUCCUGUUUUUUCCGAAAAAUGUAAUGACUACAGAAAGUACUUUGAAAAUCCUUGUGCUGCCAUCUGGGCCUCAGUAUGAAGUGGUGAUAAAAGGUGAAGCGGAAUCUGAGGAAAAGAGACCUGUGUCUGCAGCUGCUGGCUGCUCAGACAUCCCACCCAUUCUCUCCAACAAGCAGUUCAUUGCCUGGGGAGGAGUCACUCUUGGAGCAUCAGUCCAGCAGAAGUUAACUCUAAGAAAUGACUCUCCAUCUGUGACCCAGCAUUUAAGACUGUUGAUAAGAGGCCAGGAUCAAGACUGCUUUCAGCUGCAAAGUAUAUUUGGAUCAGAAGAACGCUUAACUAGUAGUUGGGAACUCAAAAUCCGUCCCAAAGAAGACACUAACAUAUACUUGAUGUUUGCACCUACUCGAAUAACUUGCUUCUUUGCAAAGCUGGAAAUCAAACAGCUGGGGAUUCGAUCACAGCCAGGAAUUAAGUUUACUAUACCAUUAUCUGGAUAUGGAGGAACAAGCAGUAUAACUUUAGAAAAUGUUAAAAAACUCUCAGAUAGUUACAUGGUAACACUGGAUGGAUUAUUGCCUUCAAGAUUAAGGAAAGCUUCCUUCUGCAUAAGAAAUACAGGUUCUCGGGCUGCCUAUAUUAAAGCACUGUGCUUUGCAAACCUCCAGACAAAAACAGUUAUGGGUCCUCAGGUAAUGACAGUAUCUCCAGAGAAGUUUGUACUAAGAGAAGGAAUGCAUGAAGUGAUUACUAUAACAUGGAAUCCAAUGGAAAAGGAAAAGAACUUCCAUAAAACAAACACGUUGGUAUCAACAGUAUGUUUUUUUUAUGGAGAUGAAGUUUCUAGGCAGCAAUAUCGCAGAGCUAUGAUGUAUAAACCUGAGGUAGAAAAACACAUAAUCCCAGAAAACAGCUUAUUGAGAAACAUUGUAUUUGAUGAAGAGUUUCAAGGGGAGCAGCUUGUGACAGAAGUGUGUGAUAUCCCGCGGGGGACAAAUGAUAUCCAUCUUUUCUACGCAAAUAUGCGAAAGGUUAUCCUUUCCGUGGUUGGAUAUUCCACUUUUGAUCGAGAUGGAUUUCAGCAGUCUCCUGGCCGUCAUUUGGAAUCAGACAGAUUUGAGAACUCUGUCAGACAUAUCAAUGCAACUUUGGAUGUUCUUCCUGUUAAAGGACCUCAGGGUCCUUUGUUACCUGUAAAAACUGAUGAUCUGGUUCAGAAUAAAUCAGAUGUUCAACAGACUUGGACUGUUAAACCUGAGUACUUGACUUUGACAGCUCCUUCUAUUAGUGGAACAGCGGAUACUGGACAUGUACAAAUUAUCAACAAUUCUAAUAGGAUGUUGGCAUUUGAGCUCUCAUGGCCAGCUCACUGCCUUACUAUAACCCCACAACAUGGAGUUAUUGAACCAGAGAGCAGCACAAUAAUUCUGGUGAGUCCUAAUCCAUCACUUGCCACAAAACCUUCAUUAAUUCCUUGGAGUGGCCUAAUCUAUAUCCAUUGUGAUAAUGGACAGAAGUUUAUUAAAGUGCAAAUUCGAGAGGCAGUCGCACAGAGUGUGUCUGGAGCAGACAUCCCAUGUAGAAGACCUGGUAGAUUUACUCCACAGUCUGAAAGUCCUGCUGUUCAUGUGGCAAAGCCUCUCUCAGCGUGCCCUCUAACAAAAAUGGAAAUAAAGAACAGAACCAUCGUUUUUCCUAAAACCAGACCUGGCCAAAGCUCAGAGAGUUACCUGGAAAUGGAGAAUAAAGGGGAUGACAGUGUGAAGUGGCAUUUGUCAUCUUUUGCACCACCCUAUGUUAAGGAUGUGGAUGGAACUGGUUGUGUUUAUAGGGUUACUUACUCCGCUUUCAGAUGUUCCCGUAUUUCUGGUACUCUUGAAGCUCGUGGAGAAGAGAAGGUUGCUGUUAUCUUUUUACCUAGAGAUAAAGGGGAUUACUCCCAGUUCUGGGACCUUGAGUGUCAUCUAGUUGAAAAACCUAGUUGGAAACACAAAUUAAGAUUUCAGCUUUCUGGAGCAGGUACUAAAACAGAAGACGAAACUUCAAUUGUGAAAGCUUCUGCAAGUGCCCUCACAAAAACUGAGCUUCCAGUUGUACCAGAAACGAAAGUUUACUCUGAAGCACAUACAAUUAAAGCAGGACAAAAUGAGAUAAUUCGAGGGGUAUAUGCACCAGAAGACCUGUACACUUUUCCUCCAACUCGAGUUGGGGAAUCAUGCACGUUAAAGGUCAACUUGCGGAAUAAUUCCUUUACAACACACUUGCUGAAAUUUGUAAGUCCCAGAGAGCCUUUCUACAUCAAGCACUCAAAGUACUCUCUAAGAUCCCAUCAUUACAUCAAUGUGCCAGUCCAGUUCAAGCCAAAGGCAGAAGGAAAAUUUGAAGGUCUCUUUGUUGUGCUGACGACCAAACGUGGCUCAGUUACCAUUCGGUUAUGUGAGGAUUCCUUGCUGUAG